AUGGCCUCGCCCGUGGCCACCGCCGUCCUGUUCAGGGCGAACAUCCACAGCGUGAGCUUCGGCUCCCACUUCGACUCCUUCGGAGACUACCCUGUUGUCCUCCUCGGUGAUGGCACGCACGGGACCUCGGAGUUCUACGCCGCGCGCGCGGAGAUCACCAAGCACCUGAUCGAGCACCACGGCUUCAACAUCGUCGCCGUGGAAGCCGACUGGCCCGACGCGGAAUUCAUCGACCGGUACGUGCGCCAGCGCCCCGGUCCCCAGGCGCGCAUCCGACAAGGCGGCGGGGAUGACGACCACGAGCCCUUUAAACGGUUUCCCACCUGGAUGUGGCGCAACCGCGAGACCCAGAACCUGGUCGAAUGGAUGCGCAACCGCAACGCGACCCUGACCGACCCGGCGCACAAAGCCGGGUUCUACGGACUCGAUCUCUACAGCAUGGGCGCGUCCAUCAAGGCGGUCAUCGAUUACCUCGACCACGUCGACCCGGCCGCCGGCAAGGAGGCCCGUCGCCGCUACGGCUGCCUGCAACCGUGGGUGGAGGACCCCACGGCGUACGGCCUAGCCUCGCUCCGCGGCCUGGCGGACUGCGAGAAGGGGGUGGUGCAGAUGCUCCGCGACCUGCUGGCGCGGCGGCUGGAGUACUCCGAGGAUGCGCACGACGGCGACGAGUACCACAGCGGGCAGCAGAACGCGUACCUGGUGCGCGACGCCGAGCGCUACUACAAGGCCAUGUACUACAGCUCGGCCUCGUCGUGGACGCUCCGCGACACCCACAUGGUCGACACCCUCCGCCGCAUCCUCAAGAACCGCCCCGCGGGCAGCAAGGCCGUGGUCUGGGCGCACAACUCCCACUGCGGCGACGCGCGCUUCACCAGCAUGGGCACGCGCCGGAAGGAGGUCAACAUCGGCCAGCUCUGUCGGGAGCGCUUCGGUCGCGAGAAUGUCGCGACCCUGGGCUGUGGCACGCAUACCGGCACCGUGGCGGCCGCGCACGAGUGGGAUGAGGACAUGGAGAUCAUGGAUGUCAGGCCGUCACGCCCGGAUAGUUGGGAGUGGGUCGCCCAUCAGACGGGCAUCCCCAGCUUCGUGUGGGAUCUAAGAGACGACCGUAUCACUCCCGAACUGAAGGAGGCCAUGGCCGCCGAGAGUCAGCGGCUCGAGCGCUUUAUCGGCGUCAUCUAUCGGCCGGAUACCGAGCGCAUGUCGCACUACUCCCAGGCGGACCUGCAGCAGCAGUUCGACGCGUAUAUCUGGUUCGAUGAGACGGAGGCUGUCAGGCCGUUGGAGAAGGUGCAGCCGAAGACGGUGAUGGGCAUGGAGGAGACGUAUCCGUUUGGAUUGUAGGUAGUUUUAUUUGUU